AGAAAAAUAUUGAUAACAAUCAUACCUAAUGUUAUUAUCUAACGGUACGUGCGCCAAUUAUGAUAUUGAUGGAAGGUUCUAGGAGGUAGUCGGUAUAAGCACGAUAGUAUUCUGUAUAUUCUUUUGAUUACACGCGGACACGCUUAGGUUUUCGUACUUUUUUUUUUAUUUAUAAAUAUAUUUUUAUUAAUACUUGUAAUUCUUUAAAGUUUCACUAUCAAAAAAAAUACUAUUAAUAAAUUUCAUUAUUAAUAAAAAUUGAAUCAUAUUUGGUGUUUUUAUAUUUUAUAUACACUCAAACGUUUUAUUAUAUUGUUAUUCAAAUAAAAUCGAAUUUUCAAAUGUAUUACUAUUAGUACUUAUUUUUACCGAUUCAAUCAUAGAAAACGUUAAUAAACUUAUAAUGUUGUCAUAGUGAACAUUUCACCAUUUAUUAACUUCACUGCUUACAAAUAUACUUAAUUAUCUGGAAAGUUUUUUUACUAACAUAAUCUAAUAUGGAAAAUGCUGCAUUACUGUCAGCUUUCAAUACCCUAUCUUUUAUCUACGAUGUUGUAACAUAUCCAAUAUAUUUAAUUUUACAACAACCAUGGAUUAAGAUAAACAAAUCCAAUGAAAUGAAAUCUAAAGUGACAAAUUUAGAUGACAAUUCAAUACUUAUUCAAACAUUAAGUGAACCUUCUCCGGGUCAUCUUAUGAUAGUAAAAGAUAAAAUUGAUACAUUAUAUAAAGUAUUUCAAUAUGCAGUAGAACAUCAUAGAGAUUCAAACUGUUUAGGAACUCGGCAAAUUUUAGCCGAAGAAGAUGAAAUACAAAAAAAUGGAAGAAUAUUUAAAAAAUAUGUUAUGGGUGAAUAUCAAUGGAUGACUUAUAAAGAAGUAGAUGAAGCAUCAGAUCAUUUUGGAAAUGGAAUAAUAUCUCUGGGUCAAAAAAACAAAUGUAACAUAGCAAUCUAUGCUGAAACAAGAAGAGAAUGGAUGAUAGCUGUUCAAGGAUGCUUUAAACAAAAUUUACCUGUUGUAACAUUGUAUGCUACUCUUGGAGAUGAUGCUAUUGCACAUGGUAUAAAUGAAACUGAAGUAACUAUUGUUAUUACAUCACAUAAUUUGUUACCAAAAUUCAAAAAAAUUCUUCAACUCACUCCACUAGUAAAAACUUUGAUCUACAUGGAAGAUCAAUUAACUGAAACUGAUACUACUGAUUUCAAAGAUUCUGUAGAAAUAAUAUCAUUUAAAUCUUUACUCCAAAGAGGAACUAGUUUUUCAACUUUAGAAAAAAAUUUUCCUGCCACAACUGAUAUAGCAAUUAUUAUGUAUACAAGUGGAUCAACAGGACAACCAAAGGGUGUCAAUCUUACCCAUAGAAAUCUUAUUGCUACACUUAAAGCAUUCAAUGAUGCUAUUUCUGUUGAUAAUGGAAAUGAUGUAUUUAUGGGUUAUCUACCUCUUGCUCAUGUUUUUGAAUUACUUGCAGAACUUUCAUGUUUGUUUUGUGGAAUUCGAAUUGGUUAUUCAACUCCACUCACUAUGAUUGAUUCAUCAAGCAAAAUUAAACGUGGAACAAAAGGUGAUGCUCGUGUCUUAAAACCCAGUAUAAUGACUGCAGUUCCUCUUAUUUUAGAUCGUGUUUACAAAGGUAUUAAUGAAAAAGUAUCUGGUGGAUCAACUUUUCAAAAAACACUUUUCAAAUUUGCAUUUGAUUAUAAAAAAAAAUGGAUGGAACGUGGUUUUCAAACUCCGUUAAUGAAUAAAUUAGUUUUCAAGAAAACUGGUUCCUUAAUGGGUGGUCGUUUACGUUUAAUUUUAUGUGGUGGAGCUCCUCUUACACCAGAGACUCAUGUUCUUAUUAAAAUUUGCCUCUGUGAUAUAGUAAUGCAAGGAUAUGGAUUGACAGAAACCAGUUCUUGUGGUUGUGCAAUGAGUCGUGAUGAUAGGUCUAUUGGCCGUGCUGGAGCUCCAUUGACAGUCAAUGAUUUUAUAUUAACUAGCUGGAGUGAAGGUGGUUAUACUAUUCAUGACAAACCUUAUCCUAGAGGUGAAAUUAUAAUAGGGGGAGAAAAUGUGUCACCUGGUUAUUACAAAAAUCUAGAAAAGACUAAAGAAGAAUAUUUUGAAAAAGAUGGAAAAUGGUGGUUUAAAACUGGUGAUAUUGGACUCCUUGAAUUAGAUGGAGCCAUCAGAAUUAUAGACCGUAAAAAAGAUUUAGUAAAACUCCAAGGCGGUGAAUAUGUAUCUUUAGGAAAAGUUGAAUCCCAGCUCAAAACUUGUCCCAUUAUAGAUAAUAUAUGUAUUUAUGGAAAUUCUUUUAAGACUCACACAAUUGCUUUAAUUGUUCCCAAUCGUCCACAUCUAUUAAGUAUGGCUUUAGAAUUAGGUAUUGAAGAUCCAAAAAAUAUUGAUCCUGAAGAACUAUAUACAAACAAACAACUUGUAAAAAUGGUAUUAGAUGAAUUAACAGCUUAUGGUCAAAGUAAUAAACUUCAAAGGUUCGAAAUACCUGUUGCCCUAAAAAUAUGCACUGAGAUAUGGACACCAGAUAAUGAUUUGGUAACAGCAGCCUUUAAAAUAAAACGGAGAGAGAUUUAUGAAAAGUACAAAACGGAUAUUGAGAAUUUAUAUCAGUAAUUAAUAUAUUUAUUUACUUGGUUAUAUUUUUUACUUCUAUUAGUUUUUUUAUUUUACCAAAAGCAAUGAUUAGAAAAUUUUUACAAAGUAUUGUUUAAAACAUUAGCAAUAUUUAUUUUUAUAAUAUGUAUGAUAAUUGUAUUCUCUGUUAAAUAAUAAUAGUAUAAUAUUAUAUAUAACUAUUUGUCAUUUUGUA